GAGAUGGUAUAAAAGUGAAGCAGAGAAUGGUGCUCAGAAUAAAUCUCUCUGCAGCCACGUAAGACGAUAAUACAGACGAAACAGUCCUCACAGAUAUGCUGCUGCUGUUCGUAGCGCUGCUGCCCCUGCUGGUGCAGUCAGCUCAGGUCACUAAAGACUUCCUGCCACUGGACUGUGAGGACAUUUACAAUAACGGCUCCAUCCACAGUGGAGUUUACACCAUCUUCCCUGCUGGGUCUGCAGGUGAACCUGUACAGGUGUACUGUGAUAUGGGCUGUGAUGAAGACGGGAGCCACGGGAAGGAAAGAUGGACUGUGAUUCAGAGGAGGUUUGACGGCAGUGUGAAUUUCUACAGGCCAUGGGUGGAUUAUAAGAAUGGCUUUGGGAAUGCAGACGGAGAAUACUGGCUGGGUCUGGAGAACAUCUUUCUAAUGACCUUCAGGGAGAGGUAUCAACUGAGAGUGGACCUCGAGGACUUUGACAAAGGCAGCGCCUACGCCCAGUACAACUCUUUCUACAUCGACUCAGAGCGCAGCACUUAUGCAUUGCACAUCGGCAACUUUAUCAACGGAGGAGCAGGGGACACUCUGAGCAGCGUUAAUGGCAAAAUCUUUUCGACUCCUGACCAAAAUCCAUACGGCAGCUGUGCAGACAGUUUCAUGGGAGGGUUUUGGUACAGCUGCUGGUGGAGUAAUGGCGUAGCCAACCCCAAUGGUGUGUACAAAUGGGAGAACGUGGCCACAUCAUACUUAGACAACGGGAUCCUGUGGAACAGCUGGAGACAUUACUACUCUAUGAAGACUGUAGUGAUGAAGAUCAGACAGGUCACUAUAGACGACAUUAUAUAAAUGUAGCAUGUCAUUGAUUACAAACUAAACAAAGUGCAAAUCAUAUUGUUCUGCAUAUUUCUGUGACAUAUUACUCUGUAUAACCACAAAGCAUUAUUAUUAUUGUUUCAGCUGCGCUCUCUCUCCCUCUCUCUCUCUCUCUCUCUCUCUCUCUCUCUCUCUCCCUCUCUCUCCCUCUCUCCAUUCAUGAAGGACAUCAAAGUCCAGUGAAAAUCAUGAAUUAUGAAAUUACAGAUUUUACACAGAUUUUACAGAAAUUCUUGUUUCUUCAUUGAUACGCAGGUCAUGUCUUUCCACUUUAUUUUAACAUUAAUCAAAGUUAUUGAGCAAGAGAUUUGUACGAUUCUGACGUGAUUGUAUGGAGUAGUAAAUGACUUUUGUGUUUGUUACCAAAUUGUUCACUGGCAAAUGAUCUACUCUCACGGUAUCAGAAAACGGUGGCCACAGCAGACGUUUAUAGAAAUGAAUUUGUUCUAAACAAGUGAAUUUGUACAUGUUAUACAUAUGAGAAAUGUUUUAUAAAUUAUAGCAAUGUGGGAUCAUGAUAAUUUAGAACGGAAGAUAAAACUUCAUAAAGUUCA